GGCGCGCAGGAGCUCGAUGGCACUCUUCUUUUGUCCGUCUGCUCUUUUGCCGUUUACGUCUCGGAUUGUUCUUUUUAAGAACGUCAACAAAAAUCCGCUUGACGUCAACGCAGGGGGGGGGACCUUAACCUUAACCUCCUCAGCAAGUCGGCCAGUCCCGACUCUGAUCGCGAUCCUGACCGUCCAUUUGAUGACCGGAUGCAGUUUCCAUACUGGCGCUUCCGCUGCUGCUGCUGCUGCCACGUGUAGGAGUAGUGCCACGUGUACAAAUAGCACUGGGCUGAUGGGUAAUAGCAAUCCGUUAGGAGCGAAUAGCAGUGGGAUAAGCGAUAGCACUUGGCUAUCUAAUGGUGGUCGGCUUGUGGCGGCUGCUGCUGCUGCUGCUGUAGAGAAUGGCAGUGGGAAUGCAAGUAUACAUAUGAAUAGCAGGAAAUUAAAAUUAAUAAAUAGUAAUUGUGUAAUAAUAAAUAGGAAUAAUAAUAGUGAUAGAGGUUAUAAUAAUAGCAGUAAUAGAAAUAAUAAUAAUGGGAGUAGCAAACGUGAAAAUGGGAGGAGGGGGAGGAGGGGGAGGUGGAGGAGUACCGGUCAUGAUGAUUACUUGGUGACGUCAACGUACUCCUCCCAGAUUGGGUUGUCGUCCACGUCAUCAAGGAGUCUUCUUCAGCGCCGCGGCGGUGAUUCGCAGGAGGAGGAGGAGGAGGAGGAGGAGGAGGAGGAGAAAAGGGAGGAGGAGGAGGAGGUGGAGGAGGAAGACGACGACGACGUGGAGGGGGAGGAGGAGGGGGAGGGGGAGAAGGAGGAGAAAAGGGAGGAGGAGGAGGAGGUGGAGGACGACGACGACGAGCAGAAGGAGAGUCUGAAAGAUGGCAUGAAGCAUGAUUUUGCAAUGAUCGGUGAACAGGAUAAGGUUGAGGAUAAGGUUGAGGAUUUAACAGAUCGAAUAUCGGAACUCUUACAGCAUGGAUUUGCAAAAACAGUGAAUCAGGAUGAAGAAGUGAAUGAUGGGGCAAAAUAUGACCAAAAACAGAAUGGUUUGCGGAUAGUACAAGCAACUGGACAGAAGGAAGAUUCUGGUGAGGAGGAGGAGGAGGAGGAGGAGGAGGGAGAUCUGGUUGAGAAAGAAGAAGAAGAGGAGGAGGAGGAGGAGGAGGUAGAGCUGGUGGGGAAAGAAAGGGAGGAGCAGCAGGAGGAGGAGGAGGAGGAGGAGGAGGAGGAGGAGGAUCGAUUGGUAGAAGGAAAACGGUAUAGUUCUGACUCAACCGUUGCACGGGGUGCGGUUAAGGACCAGUGGGAAGAUGAACGUGGUCGUUAUCCAAAGUCAUCUGACGUGGCAGGUUUGGCAUCGUCAGGAGCAGCUCGCGUAGCCACGUGGCGGAGAGAUCUUAAUUGGAAUCCUAUCAGUAUCAGCAACAACCGUUCCAGGAUGCCGUACAAGUAUCGUACGGGCGGUAGGGGAGGAGGGGGAGGAGGGGGAGGAGGACGAAUAGGAGGAGGAGGAGGAGGAGGGAGGCGAAGACGGCUUGUCAUUUAUGGGAAGGGAGAGCAUUUUGAAGAAGGGGAGCAGGAUGCUGAGCUGGCAGCAGUUGGUGACUCCACGGUAGCACUCGUUCCCCAACAGAGAUUGACUUUGGCGGGAAAUUCGUAUAUCUAUAUGAAGGACAUGGAUCUCGUGAAGAGGUUUAAUUAUUGUCCAGAUCAGCAUUUUGCGCGGCAGGUGAGCUUGUCAGAUUGCAGUGGCUUCCUCAUAUCAUCGGAUCUGGUGGCAACAGCUGGACAUUGCAUCACCAGCACUACAGACUGCAGGCUGCAUACCUCUGGCAUUCCUUUCUUUGUAGUUUUCAAUUUUGCUAUGCUAAGUGGCAACAAAGCUUCGGUGGAGUGCCAUCAGGAUGACCUGCCUCAAAUCAGUGAUGGUGAGAAUGAUGAUGUAAAUGAUGAUGCUGACGAUAAUGAAUCAUUGGAACCAUCUCAAAACGUUGAUGAUGAAGAUGAUGAUGAUGUCGACGAUGAUUAUGAUGAUGAUGAUGAUGACGACAAUGAUGAUGAUGAUGAUGAUGAUGAUGAUGAUGAUGAUGAAGAGGACAAUGGUGAUAUGAGUUGUUGGAAUCAGAAGACCAGGGAAGAAAGGGAUCUUGGCGGUACAGUCUACUGGGAGAAGAAGAGAAGCAAAGACAGGAGAAUGGAUUUCAAAGAUUUCAACGACAUGAACGACCGUGAGCAGGAGGGCGAGGAUGAUAAUGUCGUCGUCGUGGGCCAUCCGCUGGGCCUCCCUAGGAAAUACAGCUUUGGAAAGGUGCUGGAUGGAUCCAAUCAAUUGGUUUCUGCCGAGUGCAAUCUCCGUUUGUUUUUCUGUGCGACCAUCGACGCUUUCCAAGGAAACAGCGGCUCGCCGGUCGUUAACGUGCAAACACUCGAGGUCGAGGGCAUCCACACCGUUGGCGCUGCAGACUCCAAGAUCCUGAGGGUGGCUGAAAAGGGUAAAUCACACGCCGGGAAAGGUGACGGUGAUGGUGAUCAUGAUGAUGGAGAUGGGCACCAGUACGACGAGAAUGAGGAUGACCAGAAACCGAAAAGAAAGAAGCUAAAGAGCAACAAAAAAGACAGAAAAGAAAAAAAUGAUGGGCUUGGGAGUGUGGAGCAGAUUGAGAUCUGCAAUGUACCUAAGAAAUGUCCAGAAGACGGGAAAGAAAACGCUUUUUGGACAAAAGAUUGCGCCGGGGAAGUGGAGAUUGUCGCGUCCGUUCUCCUCCCUUGGAUUCAGCAAAGGUGCGCUUCCGAUAGCGAUUGCAAUAACCAUGGAACCUGCAGUGCCAACGAGGGGGCAUGUGUCUGCCAGGAGCCGUGGACCGCAAGGGACUGUUCAUUCUUCUGCGACAGCCAAACGAUGUGCAGCGGGCACGGCGAUUGUUUGGGCCCCCACGUCUGCAAGUGCAAGCCAGAAUGGAGCGGAGAUCUUUGCAGCACGCCACGUGAAGCUGGCUGCACGUCCGAUAGCUCAUGCAACAGUUUGACAUAUUGUCAGUUCACGACGGGAACCUGUGAACCAUGUUUCAAGUGCUGUGCUUCAGGUGGCAAGAGCAUGCAGGGAACGUGCAGUCAACGCUGUGCUUGCAGUCCACCUGCGCAGGGCCCUCCUGGUCCUGUCAUCGAUGGCCUGACGACUUCGCAGCAACUCCCCGCUUUUGCAAACACUCCUCCGCAGCCACCAUUCUUGCAACAAACUGUCAAUUCACCCCCUGCCCCUCCAAGCAAGCCGGUUGCCGAAGAAUCGCCACCGCCACCGCCACCGCCAACAGCAGCACCACCACCACGUUUACCGUCGCCACCACCUUCUCCAUGGCCAUCUCCGCCACCACCGUCUCCAUCACCGCUUCCUUUGUCCCCUUCGCCAUGGCCUCCAGCUCACGUUCCACCGUCCUCCUCGUCAGCAAUACCAUCAAGAUCGCUGCCGCCACCCACACCGCACCUCGCACAGGGCCAAUCACUCCCGACGAUACCAUCAUCAUCAUCAUCAUCUAGAAUCGAUCAGCUUCCUCGCUCCCAACAACCGCCUGCCCAACCGACCCAGCAGCCACCUGCUUUCCAAACAACAGAGCAGUCGCCUGUGCACACAACUCAGCUAACAUUUCCCGGAAUCGUUGGCCAGAGCAUUUCUCAGGAACGUGCUUUUCAGCACCUCCCUUCUCCCAUCACCACCACCACCACCUCCCUUCUCCCAUCACCAUAUCAGCCAUCCGCCGGCGCAGAGCUGUGGCGUUUGCCAAUCCAUCCAUUGAGUGCGGCCCAACCAUACCAACGGUCACCUCAACUUUCCACCAUGACUAACUUCCCCAGCCCUCCUCCUUUUGCGUUGAAGCCCACAGAAAUCAUGGCAUGGCAAAGUCAACCGAACGAAGAUCAGGCGCGAGACCAACUCACACGCCUUGGGCAAUCGCCCCCAACGAACAAAUGGCCAUUACACCCCCCCCGGGUUAUCCCCCUGGCUCCACCGAUCAACUCCGGAGGAGAUGAUGCCCGUCUGCGUGCUGCGUCCCCACCACCAAAUCCUGUUCUUGCCGGCCUUGCACAGGGCAUCGUUGCCGAAAGCGCGGGCAACUCCGGAGUAAGGUAUGCACCAUCGCACAACCCAUUGUCCCGGCCAACCGCGUCCUUUCUGCAGCCAAUACCUCCACCUGCACUGCAACCACCACAACUCCUAGCUCUGCAACCUACAUUCCCACAACAACUGCAACCACCACCAGAACCGCCGCACGCGUCGCCGUUGCGGGAUGUCCGUAACCCUAAUGAUGGGCCUCAAAUCAUGCUAGGGGGGUCGCUGCUGCCGCCAGCUGCACCAACAGUAGUUUCUCCCAUGCCACCACCAUCGGACGUGGACUCCCAACGGAUCCCCCACUCUGAGCCCUCGCAACCAGCCCCUCUUUCACCCCCUCUUUCGUCAUCACAGACUUCGUCGCCACCUUCGUUUUUAACCCGAUCGCCACCGUCAUUCUCCACAAACGUGUUGGUGGACAACAUUAUCCCCCUCCCACAUCUGCCUGGAGUAGGACGCAAUGGUGGUGGUUCACCAACUUUACCGUCGUCGUCAGGAUUGUCGUCCUCCUCGUCGUGGUUAAUUCCGGAGGUAUCAACGCGGGAAUCGGCAACGACGACGACGACGACGACGACCCCAACCCUCCCUUCAUCGGACUGGGUAUCGGCAACGACACUGUCGUCUCUAUCCAAGUUUUCCAAGACUGAAACUUCAUCGACAGUACUUCCAUUCCUGCAUGAAGGGAUGGGUGCCGAUGCACAAGGUAGCCCCCCUCCUUCAGCGUCUGAGUCGCCUACCCCUGCACCUGCCCCUUCAUCAAAUGGAGAAGAUCUUGACCGUGCAAUUGACAUGGACUCAAUUUUCGAUACCCCUUUCAUGGAAUUUCCUUCUCCUCCUCCUUCUCCUCCACGUCUGAUGGGAUAGGCCCAUCCAUAGUGUCAGUGUUUUGUUACCUUUGUGUAUAUUGCAAUCCGCCUAUCCCCAGCCGGUUCCUUUCCUCCCCUUCCCCCCCACUCCCCCUUCUGUAGAUAAUCCCCUUGCUAAGGGGCUCAUGGCACAUACACUUUUCCGUUAGUAGGUUCUGCUCAAUGCCAAGUUACGGCAAAUGGCCGACUGACGGCAUUCAAUUGCUUGUCAGUCCUCAACUCGAUUACUGUUUCAGGAAAAAAAAAAAAGAGAGAGAGAGAGAGAGUGCUCAACUUGAUUACCAUUUCAGGAAAAAAAAUAAUAAUAAUAAAUAAAGAAAGAGAGAGAAGGUGAGUUGCUUUAUCUGAAGUAAGGGCCUCGCCACACUACGGUCGAAACACAAAAAAAAAAGCAAGAGUGCAUGUACCCGCAGAGAGCGGCAAGAUGCAUCCAUCACGAUUCCCAAUGAAUAGUAAGUAAGUAA